GGGAGCAGAUGAUCAUGAGCACAGUGCGUGUUCAACAAAAAUAGAUUUUUUAAUAUUUGUACGCAUUGUGACGUGUUAUCAAGACAAACGAACUUUACACAUUCAUUGCAGAGUUAAAUAUUACAUUUUAGUUAAACAAGACAUUGUUAAUAACCGAAAAUCAUUGUAAUGUUUAAAUCCUUGUUCAGCUCUUUGAUAACUCAGGCCAGCUGUCAAGAGGGGGCUGGUUAUUUAAAAAGAGCUGACACAGACAAACUACAUGAAAUAUUUCUAAAGUACGCCACCGUCGAGAAAAAUGGAGAAAAGCACAUCACAAGUGAAGAUUUUGUGCGCAAAUUCCUUGGACUGUUCACCGAAGAUGACUACAACAAGGAGUCGGUGCAGCUCAUCGCCGGCAUCGUGGACAUGGACAAAGACGGUUUCAUAUCCUUCUCGGAGUUCCAGGCCUUCGAGGGGCUGUUGUGUGUGCCGGACGCCUUGUACAAAACCGCCUUCCAGCUGUUCGAUACGAACGGAAACGGACUUGUCGCUUUUGACGAAUUCGCCGAAGUCAUGCGCAAAACGGUACUACACAAGAAACUCCCGUUCAAUAUGGAGAGCACAUUCGUCAGAUUGUACUUCGGCAAAGAUAGGAAGCGGCUAGUGACGUACCAAGAAUUUAGUCAGUUCCUUCACGAUUUCCACGAGGAGUACGGCGUGGAGGCGUUCAAGAAGUGCGACAAGGACGGCACUGGUUUUAUCACGGCCGGCGAUUUCAGGGAAAUCAUGCUGUCGAUAAAAAAUCACCUGUUGACCAAAGAUUUGAAGACUAAAGUGAUUAAUGCCUCCGGCUUCCCACAAGGCGAACGCAAAAUCAGUUUCCCCUAUUACAUGGCCUUCAACUCCCUUCUCAACAAUAUGGAGCUGAUCAAACGAGUGUACUUGAACGCUACCAACGGCCACCGUACCCAGGAAGUGACUAAGGAGGAGUUCCUCCACUCAGCUCAGAUGAUGAGUCAAAUCACCCCGUUGGAAGUUGAAAUAUUGUUCACAUUGUGCGAGAUGCUUCACCAUACGAACGGUCGAAUCGUCUACAAUGAUCUCAACUCGAUAACGCCAGAACAAUACUUCAAACAAGUCACACGGCGAGUCGCCGAAAUCAAAGCGGUCUCGAGUCCUGAAGAGAGAGGCGUCCUCAUCCAGAUUUUGGAAAGCACGUACAGAUUUACCCUGGGUUCCAUUGCUGGCGCCGUUGGCGCGUCAGCGGUAUACCCGAUUGAUUUGGUCAAAACCAGAAUGCAGAAUCAGCGGACGGGUUCCUUCAUAGGCGAGGUGGCGUAUCGGAACUCUAUGGAUUGCUUCAAGAAGGUCAUAAGGCACGAGGGAGUCUUCGGAUUGUACAGAGGAUUGGUGCCGCAACUUAUUGGCGUGGCCCCUGAAAAGGCUAUCAAACUAACGGUUAAUGAUUUAGUACGAGACAAAAUGAUGGACAAAAAUGGAAACAUAAGUCUAUGGGCAGAAGUCUUGGCUGGUGGUUGUGCCGGCGGAUCCCAAGUAGUAUUCACGAAUCCACUGGAAAUCGUAAAGAUUCGUUUACAAGUGGCGGGGGAAAUUGCCGGCGCGAGCAAAGUCAGGGCGUGGUCUGUUGUUAAGGAUCUCGGCCUUUUCGGCCUUUACAAAGGCGCGAAGGCGUGUUUGCUGAGAGACGUGCCGUUCAGCGCUAUUUAUUUCCCUGCGUAUGCGCAUGUUAAGGCGAAGUUCGCAGACGAGAACGGAUACAACCACCCGCUGACGCUGCUGGCGGCCGGCGCCAUCGCGGGCAUCCCCGCCGCGUCGCUGGUCACGCCCGCUGACGUCAUCAAGACCCGGCUGCAGGUGGUAGCAAGAACUGGACAAACAACAUACACGGGUGUCAUAGACGCCACAAAGAAGAUUUAUGCUGAAGAAGGUGCCCGAGCUUUCUGGAAAGGAGCUCUAGCGCGCGUGUUCCGUUCGUCGCCGCAGUUCGGCGUGACGUUAGUAACGUACGAAAUCUUACAGCGUUUGUUCUACGUCGACUUCGGAGGAUCGCGGCCGACCGGCUCCGAGCUCCACGUGGCGACCCCCAUCGAGGAGCAGAGGAAGAGGCCCGACCACAUCGGCGGGUACCAGGUGGCCGCGCCCGUACUCACGGGCCUCGAGACCAAAUUCGGCAUCUGCCUGCCCAGGUUCUCAUUCGCUAAAACACAGUAAAUCAACCAUCCAUAUUGGUACAUACAUACAUACAUACAUACA